AUGAGCAAGCUAAGCGUGCUGGGAGGCGGUGAGGCAUGUGGCGCAAGAUGGACUCUAGGGGCACUACUCCUGGCCCCUCUUGCCGCUGCAAACUCGAGCUACUGUGCCGUACCCGCAGUCCUUCUAUUAGGCAGUUUUACCAUUUUAGCAACAUUUACCUGUCGAGAUCUAAAUAAAUUAGCAGAAUUUUUACCGCCUUCAAAAACAGCAAGAGGUCGAAGAGAGAGAAAUCUACGAUCCUUUGGUGAUUUUAUGGCAAAGUGGAUGUGUUUUCUCUCUCAUCUGGUAGCAGUUGCUGUAUGCGCUAGGAUUCUUAGCGCAACAGCUGACCAUGUUACUGGUGGGAGGACGAGACGGUGGUUGUUUGGAUAUGAAACUAGAUCCCUGGGAGAACCGUGGCCUGAUGUAUUGGGAGUAACGGUUGUGAUGGUCGUAUGCGCUAUGUUUAUGUGUGGGCUAGAGGAAAGUAUGAUGUUUACUUUCAUGCUACUAAUUGUUCUUUAUAUAUUUAGUCAAUGCUUUGCUAUAUUCGGAUUAAUAAAUCUAGAUAUAACGAAUAUAAAAAUACCAAUUCCUAUCACUAUUUAUGAGCUGUUCGCUGCAGGUGCCCCGAUAUCGUAUGCUUUUUGCGUUGUAUCACCACCGAAAGAAAAUGAGACAAUGAAAAAAAAAUUGAUCGUCAUGGUUAUUUUACCAACGUUUGCGCUCAGCAGUUUAUGUUUUCUUUACACAAAUAUGCUAAAAGGGACAAGUAUUGAUGCUGCGUUACCCGUUACUACGUUAUUGGAAGCAAGAGCGGCAGGUUGGAUAUGUCCUGUAUUGGCUGCUAUUACUGUGGCGGGAGUUUGUUUAGCAUUGACUGAACUGUGUCCAAUACUUUUCUCCGUGCUAGUUGCCUUAGCUUCACCAGAAUGGAAGGUAUUAACACGGUCAAUGACCUAUGAAAGCACCACUACUGGAAGCCCAGUAUUAGCUGUUUUUACUGCAGGGAGUCUAUCAGCGAUUCUUGCGUUUGCAUGUCCUUUGUCGCAUAUGAUAACACUUAUGAACGCUAGUCAUUUAUUAAGCGUUACUAUACAGGCGUUUCAUUUUAUCAUCAUGCAGUGUGUACCAACAGCUGAACAAAUGGAGGCUGGAGAUGUAGAGUAUAAAAGACUUGGUAACGAAAAUCCGUCACGAGCUGCAAAAUCGUCUGAAAGAAAAGCCAAGCGUGGCUUAUGGUUUAUACCAUCUGCUAUUCGUCAUACAAAGACACUGGAAAGUAUAAAAUCAAAAGUAGCAAAAGACACCGAAGAUCGGGAAUGUUUACUUCUUGAUGAAUAUUCAGGUUGCCCGACAGAUGAUAUUGAUCAAGGUAUAAGUGGAAGUAGCGGCACAAGAGGUCUAACAUUGGCUGAAGAAGAAGAUAUUCCUUCGGAUUUAGAAGCAAGUGAUGGGGAAAUAUCUUCGGGUGAUGAUUCUACCGAUAUUGAUGCGGUAGUUAAGGAAUAUAGAGAUAGAAUACAGGUGGUAACAGCUAUACCUGAAGCUAACUUGCCCAUCCCACCGUCUAUGCGAGGAGCUCGCUGGUCAGCAGUCGGAGCCCUGAUACAAAUUCUAGCAGAUGCGUUCAUUGCUGUUGCUUUCUGUGACGAAGCUGUUAGAGUACCAAUGAUUAUUACGGGGAUAUUAUUGUGGCUAAGCGGCACUCUUAUAUGUACGUGGCAACCUAGUCAUAGUAUUGGUGUAAAACGACUUCAAAAAUUGCAAGGACCAGUCACCAUGAUGUUAUCACUACUUUUCCUCACCCCAUUACUUAUUAGUUCUUGGCCUGCAAUAAUUCUCUUCGCUGGAGCUGGAGUUGUAAUUUACGCUCGUUGUGAACGGUGGUGUGGGGAUCUCGCAGUGCAACAAGCCAGGAAUACUCUCGAAAGACGCAAAAUACGACGUGUUCCAUCUGCCGUGCCUCUAACUGGCACCCGUGUCACCCAUAUCGAUACUGUAUAUAUUGCUAGAUGACAAGAAGAUGACUCAGACACGAGUCUGGAUAAUCUGAUAGAUGAUGAAGUGGACCCGGAUGCUGACGCCGAAUGACAUGCACAGAAAACGAUAAUUAUCGUUACCGAAUAGAAAGUUUUUGUUAAGACGCUGUUGUGUAGAAGAAAUAAAUUAUAGCUACCAUUAACCAAUCCUAAAAAA